AGGGCCAAAGGAGGGCCUUGUUUGAAGACUGUGAGUCCGAAAGAAAAUCGAAUGUAGACGAAAUUCUGCACCUGAAGAAGGAAAUCGCCAGUUUGGUGGUUGUGCUGCACGAGAGCAAAAGUUCAGUGGCCAAACAUCGUUUGCAAACCAGUCGUUUAGAGAACAUAGUGGGGCCUCUAUCGGAGAAAACCUGCAGCGAGGUGAAAAAGAGGCUGGACUUGCAGAUAAUCGAUAAGAGCAAAAAGCUUGAUCUUUUGGCGUACCAACUGAAAAAGAGGCGGAGGCUCCUCAGCCACUUGGGCGAAGAGUACCAGAGAUUCUCCAGCAAGGAGGAGAAGAAGGAGUUGGCUGUUAAAGUGGACCAGCCAGUUUAUCAAGCCACGCGAGAGUUCCAAAACAGCAUUCAUGCGGUGGAGGUGCAGAUCCGCGAAGCCAACCACAUUAGGCACAAGUACGGGGAAAUCAGAAGAUGCCUGAAAGACGAUGCGGCCAAAUUCGAAAGCCGCAUCAAAUCGUUGGAGACGGAACUGAAGCAGCAAAGUGCAGACACUGGAAAACUGCUCAAGAUUCUGGAGGAAGCCACCAGGCGCAGAGGACAGGCCAGAGGCAUUCUGCUGAAGGAGGAAAGGUUGGCUGCCGCUGCAGCCAAUCAGCGGGAUCAGGAGGCGGCCGAAGGCCGCCGCUUAGUCAGCGAAAGAAAG